CCCUCCGCGCCCAGUCGCUCCUCUCUUCUCCCUCGAGGCCUCAAUCCCCAAACCCUUCUUCCAAAAAGAAAAAAGAAUCCCCAAACCCUCGUCCGGCUUCUCCGGUGCAGAGGCCGCGGCGCACGAGCUUAGAAGAUGCCGAAGGUCGGCAGGCGGCGCACGGGGGAGAAUCCGGAGAAGGAGAGAGGAGCGGGAGGCGGUGGCGCACAAGGCGAGAAGACGCCCAAGGCCGGCAGGAGGCGCACGAGGGGGAAUCCGGAGAAGGAGAGGGAAGCGGGAGGCGGUGGCGCACAAGUUGAGAAGAUGCCCAAGGCCGGCAGGCGACGCACGAGGGGGGAUCCGGAUCUGGAGACGGAGAGGGAAGCCAAGAAGAGAAGCCUGGCAGAAGAGGCCUCUCCUUCAGCGAUGUUUGCGGCCUUUGAGCGUGGUGAUGCCCCUCAAUCCGAAGCAAAAUCAGAGCGUGUCUAUGAUGUGGUCGAGUCCGUGAUGGAGGAAUCCUCCGGUUCCCCCAUUCCUCUGCUCCACGAACCCUACAUCCCCGACGAGCUAGCUUCCCAUCCGGGCAUACAUCACGCCUUUGAGCUUGCCGAAGCCAAAUACAACGCAGAAAAAGAUCAUCGGUAUGCUUUGUUCACCAUGGCUCGCGGCCCUCCGCACUCGUGUCUGUUUAAUGAGCGGAGGCUUCUUCCAAUCUGUGAAACCGCAAAAGACGCGGUGCUUCUUGUAUCCGGAUCCGUCAUUAGGCUCUCCUCCUCUCUCGGCCGCGUGCCACUGAAUAAGUGCUGUGGGUUGUGGUUCCAACAGGAUGAAGAGAAGAAAACCGCCAUUGUUUUGACAUCUGCGCAUCUGGUUCGCAAACAGGAUCCCUCCGUGAUGAACCAGUGGACAGGAAAAUAUCACCGUGAUGCUCGGGUCAUUGUUCACUUGCUUGAUGGCACAACUGCAAGAGGCAGUCUCCUGUACCUCCAGGAGCAUUAUGAAAUUGCUCUUUAUGAGGUUACAAUGCACAAACCUGUUGAGUUGCCCACUUUUAAUGACACGGUGCAUUCGGGUCAAGAUGUUUUCAGACUUGGAAGAGAUGAUGAAAGUUUGGAUUUGAAGAUAACUCAUGGUAGGGUGGAAUACAAAAUCCCAGUCCGACAUGAGAGAUGUCACUACCUGUAUUUUUCCUCUGAUGAAUCUCGUCACCGUUUGUUGCAUGACGACGGAGGGCCUAUCGUUGAUCUAGAAGGGAAGGUUGUGGGACUGGUUAACAAUCAUAUAAAUGAGACUUUUGUGCCUUCAUGCAUAUUACACAAGUGUUUGGAUUUCUGGAGGAGUUUCAAGUGCAUGCCUCGGCUGCAUCUUGGAAUGACCUUUACUUCCAUCAACCUUUUAGACCCUGUAUGUAUCGAGAGGAUGAAGCGUAAGCAUAACAUUGAGUCCGGUCUCAUUGUUCAACAGGUGUCAAAAGGAUCAUAUGCCGAGAAACUGGGAAUCCGCAAAGGUGACGUUAUUGAAGGUUUUAAUGGAAAAUACGUUUCUACGACGAUUGAGUUGGAGAGCAUGUUGGUAGACAUCUGCUGGGAUCAUUUUGAUCAGAGAAAUAAAUUAUAUGCAGAAAAAGAUGUUUCAGUUCUUAUAUAUAAUGCUGCCAAACUUUGCCGAAGAACUAGAAAUUUGACUGUAGUUGUAUCAGAUUUUGGAGAGGAUAUUAUAGAAGGCACUUAUGCUAUCACGAUUGAAUAAUAAAGAGGUCAUGUGAGUCUUUUGUGUUUCUUGAGCUUCGAGAAAGGAAUUUCUCGUCAGCCAAAGAUCUAUCUAAUCAAACCUUGAUGUUUUUUAUUUGUGUGGACACUUGGCUGCUGCUGACCUUCAUGGAUGAGUUAAUGGAAUUAACCCUUGCAUGCCAAUUACAGAUCAAGUUCGGCGUAAUCUUUUUUGCUGUCAGACAAGAACUUCAAAUUAUGGUGCCUUUGAACCGUAGAAGCAACUUAGCUUAGAGCAUAACCCGUACGUUAUUGGCUACCAGUUAUGUUGAGUCGUGUGAAACUCGCAUCCUGUCUGUAUGCUAGACUGAUGUUUGGACCGUAGAAGCCACAUAUCUGUGGAUGAUGAAGUGUUCAAAAAGCCAAGCGCGAAGAACUGUAACUGAGUUUUCAGGCAGUCUCCUCUGUGGCUCAAGGCGUUUUAAGGAGUCGUACCAUACCGCUGUUGCCUUAGCUGCUGAUCAAUGUACUGGAGAUAAGUCAAUUUGACUUCCUUGCCAGAUUUUCAAGCAUGGAAAUGUCGCGAGAUUGUCUGAAAAGCAACCCCUUUAAGGCCAAGUCACCAUGUCAAAAUAUGAAACACAUUUUGCAUUUGGUGGUAAUAGUGCUUGCAUUUCCAUUCCACCUGAAAUAUAUGUUUCCUAAAUUUAAAACAAUUUACUACCAAAAAAAACAGUAAAAGCAAAUAUUCACAAUGUAUAGAAGAUUUUCAAUCUUAUUCAAUCUCUACCGAUCAAUUCACUAACACCACUGUUGAAAGUAGAACUAAUUAUUUAGGCAUAGCUAAUAGACCUUUCCUGUAGAUCUUAGUAUUUCCUGGAGUUGGUAUUGGCUAACUUUCUUUAUACAAGAACAUGCAAGAGCUUUGCAUGUCUUUUGUAUUAAGAAUGGAAGAGCCAAAGUAACAAGGCUGGCUAACUUCUUUGUCGUUGCUCCUCCCC